CUCGCCUAGCCAAAAUGGCGUCCCAACAGCAGCAGCCCGGCGGUCCACCAGGCUUACAACAGCAACAAGCCGCUGCACUGCAGCAACAGCAGCAGUUGAAUCAACAGCAGGACUUCGACCCUGUGCAUCGUUUUAAAAUGCUCAUUCCGCAGUUGAAAGAAAGUCUACAGAAUCUCAUGAAGAUCGCGUCGCACAACCUGGCUCACAACACGACCAUAGACAACGGAGUCAAAAGCAGUGACGCUGCUGUUCAGCGCUUCGACAAAAGCCUUGAGGAGUUCUACGCUCUUUGCGAUCAGCUGGAGCUGUGUUUGCGGCUGGCGUACGAGUGCCUCUCGCAGAGCAUCGACAGUGCCAAGCAUUCGCCCAACCUGGUGCCCACCGCCACCAAACCGGACACGGUGCAGACAGAGUCCAUGUCCUACGCCCAGUACCUUGGCAUGAUCAAGUCCCAGAUCUCGUGCGCCAAGGACAUUCACAACGCUCUGCUGGAAUGUUCUAAAAAGAUUGCGGGAAAGGGACAGCCUCCGGGAAUUAUGUAGAUCUCGCAAUUGACUCAUUUUCAUUGAAAUGCCAAGGAUUGUAGGAUUUAUUGUUGUUGUUUUUUAGCACGGCCUCCAGAGGAGUAGUGCUUUUGGUCAUUUAUGUUAACACUCCUCUGAAUUUAAGGCAGGGUGGAUCAAUUAAAUCCAUAAUUUUGGUGAUUGAUUUUGGAUUUAUCCACUGGACUUUUAAUUUUUAUUUUACAGGGAACCCAGCAAAGCAGGAUAUUGCUGCAAUUUUGUGCACUUUCACACAGACUCAGCAGAUUAGAUGCACUGUCUGAGUUAACAUCAACAUCCCUGUUGCGGCAUUGAGGAAUUUCCUUACACUAAAGUGCUGUCCCACCUUUGGAAUUUAAAGGCAUCAUUAUUGUGGCACAGUGGAGGUUGUGUAUGGGAAGCAUAUCUGCCAUUAGUUUGAAUUGGAAUUUAUCACACUUUUUUUUUUUGUUUUUUUCCUUUCUCAAAUUUCUAGCACUUGGAGCGUAAAAUAAUUGGGCAGAUGUUAGCUGACUUCACUUCCCUGGCUUGUUUUUUUUCCCCCCCCCCACCACAUUUGAAAUUUCGCAAACUUAAUUUUUGACACAAUUGUUUGAUGGUAAGUUUUCAGUGUUGGGCAAUUUGAUGGUUAAAAACAAAAGUGUUAUAAAUUCACAGAAUUUUCGGAGAGUUAAAUUUAAAUUCAACUGCACAAAUGGCAUAGCCGACCGGUCCUUUCUUGCAAAUAUGUACGCGGUGUUCCAUUGCGGCCACUAGGUGGAGCCAGAGCUGUACUCACCGACUAGUGUAUUUAAAACCUACUAGAAUACGGAAACUUUAUUUGGGGUUAAUCAGAGGCACUUUAGAUGCUGUUAGGUGUGUGCUUACUCCUCUUUAACAUAUGUUUGCGUGUGAUUGGUUAAUUCUGAACAUAGCCACAUUCGCAGUUAUGAGUGUGUGUACACUUAUGCAACACCCCCUAAAAAAAGAUUUUUUUCUUAUUAAACUACGGAUUAAGACCACAUCAAUGUUGGAAAGUUGUGAAGUGAUUUAUCGUGGUCUAAUUUUUUAUAUUACAAAAACCUGGCCUUUGAACAGGGGUUUGUAGACUUUAUAUAUUCACUGUAUACCGUAGCAACAGAGGGGGAGAGCGGUUGUCCAUUCUGUCAUGGCCAGGUGUCAAACAGUAGUAGUGGGUGCUCUUUGGGUCCUUCAACUGCUGUGUAACAUUUCAGAUCAAGUGCUUCGAUCCAACAAUAGCUGUACACAUUUUUGUUGUGACAUUUUUAUUUUUCAAUUCUAAAUGUAUAUUUAAAAUAUACAAGAACAACAGUUGCGAGUGGCGUUACUGAGCUUGGAUGAAAAAUGAACAAUACAAAAAGGGAAAGCAAUGUUUCUUUGUACAAAGAUUACAGCAGACAAGACAUUUCAGGCACUCAAAAAAAUACAUUGACCUAUAUUCUAUGUGUGUUAGUGGAUCAAAUUAAAUCACUCACUCAAAUUGUUAUGACCAUAUGAUGACAGUUGAUGUGGAAUUCCCUUUUCAGCAUCAACACUGCAUCCAUCGCAUCAACAAGUCAAACAGUCAACAGCUUAUGUCUCAUGGGAUAACAGCAAAUAACAUUUCAUCAAAAACAAAAACUUGUUUUUCUGUGCUCUUUUUAAUAACGAAAUGAUGCUCUGGGAGGACCCAUGCUAAUUCCUUCAUGCGUUGCAUAGCUGCUACCUACUGUACAUCUCUCAUCGAUCUCUUCAAGGACACCGAUUGGUCCACUCAUUCUGAAUCAGAAUCCAGCUAACCUAUUCAUGGUUAUCAUGACAUUUACAGUGCUUCAGUUCCUGACUUUCUCAAUCCUUUGUGCCACUGAGACUUAAGUGGGAGACCUGACCGUCAUUGAAAAUAUAGAGAGUUAGACGGGAGCAAAAGAUGGGAACAAGCUGUAAACACAUUAAUUUGCUAUGGACAAACUGCGUGACACAACACACCUUGAGAAGCAGUGACCAAUACAACCGAGUCAAAACGUGGAACGUCACUAAAACGUUUCCAUUUGUGGGCCUUCUGACUUAGUCUUGGGGAUGAUACCAUUAUUGUAUGUGUCUAUAUACUGUAUGCAUUGUGAGCACUUGAGACCAUGUAAAUGGUUUUACUACUUUGUCGAGUUGGAAACUUUCAGGAUACUUUUAGGUUUGGACUUGGGUUGUUCUCUGUAAAAGCACAAAACAGACGUAUUACAUCACACACCUAAUUAAACCUUGAUUCAUUGAUGUUUUAUUUUUUUGCAGAUUAUACUGAAACCUCCAAAGUCAAACACCAUCUGUUCCGUGAUGCUGUCAUAAUUGUCUGUCAUUUUUUUAACGUUUUCGUAAAAUAAAAAAACAACAAAUUCAAUAAA